AUGUCCUCCUUCUCCGGUCUCGAGAGGUCUCUACUGACAGGAGAGUGGAGAUCUGAAUAUGCUAGUGGUGUACCCGACGAACUGGCAUCCGCGACGCAACGCGUCGUGAAGGGAAACUUUCGCGAUCAUCUGACUUCAGAACGCGUUCGCGCUUUACUCAUCCUGUCCCCUAAUCUUGACGCGAAGAAGCCGUUGAAAACAUGGUUCAACUUCUAUACCUCAAACACUGCGUCUUCGGAUGACGAAUACGUACUUUUGUCGGCCGCUGUGGCCCUUUUGCACGCAUUCAUCCAGGCUAAUUGGACUGGACCUGACCUGGACUUUAAACCUUUGGACAUCUUGACAAUCCCGUCCUCUCAAUCCGAAGAUAUCACUGAGUCUCUCCUUCAAUCCCGAGCUGUGGCGGAACUUGCACUUGGAGGAGAACCCGCCUAUCACCUGGCUGACUCUGCCUUCCUCCUUCGUCUCGCUCAGCUUAUUCUCGAGUACCCUUUCCAACAUGUACCUUCCGUGACCUGGUGGAAAGUACGUGCGUGGAACGUUCACGAGCAGGUAUUGGACGAGCCCGCUGCAGUCCCUCACGGCGCGAUCGCCCCUCUUGAGCCGCUUGCUGAGACCUACGCAUCAGACGCCGAUCUCGUCGGACGACUCUGGCUCGAGCGAGGUCUUUUGGAACACUAUCAGGGAAACGACCGUGCUGCGCUGGAUUACUUCGUCCGUGCUGCAAGAGCGACAGAACUUCAGUACGAGCUAACGGGGGCACUCGGCAAGCGAACGAAGUUCCAGCAGACGGAGCUGAGCCAGUUGGUACUUUUGGCUGAGAGUCGCGCUCGAGAAGCACAUUCGGAUAAGGCGAAGGAUACCGCGCAGAUGCCCGAAACGUUCGCUCUGAACGACGACACGCUACUCGAGCAAACCGAGUACACGUCCUCGCAUCCCGCUGCUGCAGGUUCGCGUCUGUCGCACCUGGAUCCAUCCGAUCAACCCGCAUUACAUCCGCUGGACCAGUGCAUCCUGCUCUCCCUUUGCCUCAACGUUCGCAAUACGUCCCCCGCACAUGGUCUCACACACGAGCAGAUGUCGCCAUACGUCUCCCGCGUCAUCACUCAUCCUCGCAACUGGUCCGUUCACACGAUGGCACUACUCCUGCGUUCGCGACUGGAGUCCGGGCGCACGCGCACAGUCGAGCGCUCUGUACUACAGCUUCAGGCGCUUCUCGACCAGAUGCCCACCGCCGACUCAAGUAUACAAGAGCGCCUCGCCUACGUGCACUCCAUUCCGCUCCCAAGCAAAUGGGAGAUGCAACGCGAGCUCGCAACGCGCAUGCUCAGCAUCGGUGUAGUGAAGAGCGCUCUUGAGAUCUUUGAGCGCUUGGAGAUGUGGGAAGAUGCCGUCAAGUGCUAUCAGUCCAUCGAACAGAAGGAUACGGCGCGCGCUCUCGUGCGUGAUCUGCUGGAAGGGAAGAAGGCCGCCGCAGACGCCGUGCUCGAGCGUAGCAAAAGCGCCUCGGAAAGCCGACGCGCGGUGCUUGAUGCGUCGCGAGAGGCCAAGCUCUGGUGCUUGCUGGGCGAAAUCGAGCCUGAACAUGCUGUGGCCCACUUCGAAAAGGCUUGGACAGUUAGUCGUGGUACAUCGGGGCGCGCGAUGCGCUCUUUGGGAGGAUACUACUUCGCCCGCGAGAACUACGAGGACGCUGUUCGUUGUCUACGGAAAGCCGUUGCGAUCAGCCCUCUCCUCUCUCGGUCUUGGUUCGUCCUCGGCUGCGCCUGUACGCGCAUCGAAGACUGGGAUGGUGCGCGCGAGGCGUUCGCGCGCUGUGUCGCCAUCGACGAGGAUGAUGGAGAGAGCUGGAACAAUCUUGCGUCUGUGUACUUGCGCAUGAAGGAUCUGGUUGUAAAGAAGGGACCUUCGGCGACAGCGACAGAUUCCGACGAUGAAGCUUCGCAGCCGCCGGCAGAGGAGAAAUCGAGCGCGAUCCCCUUCGAGAACAAGAUGCUCGCCUUCCGCGCGUUACAGCAAGGCCUGCGCUUUGCGUACGAGAACUGGCGCAUGUGGAUGAACUACAUGAUCGUCGCGAUGGACGUAGGCGAGCUUGCUGAGGCAGCCCGUGCGUUGGGACGUAUUGUCGAAGAGAGAGCGGCGAAGAAUGGCGCAGACGCCGUGGAUGUCGAUGUUCUCGAUCGGCUGGUGGACGCCGUGACACGAGCGCCCGCCGAUGCAGAUGAAGCCGUCGAGGGUGCUGGAACUGCGCGCGAUGCAGUGUUCAACCCGAACGAAGGCCACGGCCUCUUGCGGCGCGUCACCGACCUCUUUGAGCGAGUCAUCCUUCCACGCGUCUCCUCUCCGCGCAUCUUUCGCGCCCGCGCGCGUCUGCUCAUGUGGCAGGGAAAAUGGGAGGAGGCGAUUCAAGCUCACAUGGAUGCUUACCGCGCCGGCGUUGCCGGUCGCAUGGAGAAGGGGGAAACGGAUGUUGUGCGCUGGAGGGAGGGCGUUGAGGAGGUCGUGGAAGCCGUCGAUGUGCUCCGCAACUUUGGACCUCGCGUAGAGGGCCUAAAGUGGAGGUUGCAGGCAAAGAGCAUCCUCAGGACGUUCAUGGGCCGUACUCGCGACUUCGAGGAAGAGCCGGAAUGGAAGCAGUUGGAAGAGCUGCAGGAAGAUUUGCGCAGUGAAGAGUAA